GUAGAUCAUGUCUCACCAUGCCGCAUAGCUGAAGAUGGCGGUUCCCAAAAGAAAACGACUGGUUCUCUGGAUAUUAUGUGUUUUGAACGUUUGCUCCUUCAUGUUCUUUACAGGGACUCGUGGUGAUGUUCCUGAUGAUGUUGUCUACACUGAGUUACACAAAGAUGUAAGAAUAGGAGACAGAGCAGUUUUGACAUGCCGGUUUAGAGGUUCACCAUUGGCUGUCUACUGGAAAAAAGGUGACGACCCAAGAAAUGCACCAAACCUUGUCUCAUGGAUUCCAACUGAUGACGUCACCGGUAAAUGUGAAGGUCAAAGGGUAUGUGAAAUCAUGGAGAUGAAUGAAAAUUAUUCCUUGGUCAUCAAAGAAGUCGCUUUUGCAGAGAGAGGUCGAUAUACAUGCAGAGUUGCGAACUACAAGGGGAACGUCAUACACAACUUUACAGAUGUCAGUUUAUAUGCUCCCCCGAAAGAACCCUUUCCAGUUAUCAAUGGGUGUUUUAAUAAUGUGUCGUCCGCCAGCAACCCGGAGUCUUGCAGUGUCCUGGCCAACCGAACUAUUAACUUAACCUGCUCGGUGACUAAUUACUAUCCUGAUAUAGAACUUUUCUUCCUGCAUGGAACUAAACAGCUGACUACCAUAAAUCAGGUGGAGCAAACUAAUGUUGAUUCAACAAAAAACAUGUUGAUUUCCAUCGAGGCUAGCCCAAGUGAAACCUUAUACACAUGUGUUGCAUCAGAUGUACCCGGGUCGAGAGAACGGAAAGCCGCAUCGAUCUUGGUCAUGUUGGUGGAAUCAUCUAUUUUUAUUCCCUCGGAAACAAUUCCAGUAACUGUCGAGACUGUAAAAGAAAAGAGCCAUGGUGCCAUCAGAGCAGUGAAGAUCGUUCCGAUAGUUCUCAGUGGGACAGCAGCAGUGGUUUUCAUUUGUUGGAUAUGGAAACGUCGACAUACCCACAAUGAUGGCACACAAGGCUCCCCCGAGGUGGAUGCUGAUACGAGUAAAGUCGAAACCUCUGAGAGAGAUCCAAUGAUUUCAAAGUCAGCAAUUGAUGGUAAGUUUAUACUAAUACAUCAUAACUUUCAAAAUAAAAGUGUUUCAACUACCUCCUGAAGCUUGGAAAACCCCAAAUAGAUAUGAUGUAAUCAGACAUUUACAUCUUCUCAUCUUUUACUUGAAAUUUUCCGACAAGAUGACAGGUUCAAUAUCGUCUUUAAAUUUUAUCUCCUGCCCCCUGCUUGAACACACCUUCAGAAAGACACCUUUGCGGCCCUGAACCAGCAAUAUUCAUUUUUACUCUUUCACUCCCCCUUAACAGUAUUAGUCCUGUCCUACUUGAAUCCUGGGUGGAUCAGUUCUGGGGGCCCGUAAGACAAAGCUAAUAGCGAUGAUCGUAGAACAUUCUUCUACGAAUGAUUCCAUUGCAUGGCUACAAUGUACAAUCAAGCGUAUGAUUAAUCACACGGAGUGUUGUGGUCCAGUGGAUUAGUCUCCGGAAUUUGAAACAGAGGGUCGUGGGUUCGAAUCCCAACCAUGGCGUAAUUUUCUUCAGCAAGAAAUUGAUCCACAAUGUGCUGCACUCUCCCCAGGUGAGGUAAAUGGGUACCUGGAAGGAAUUUAUUCCUUGAAACGCAGCGCGCGUAACAGCUGCACUGCUAAAGCCGGGGUAAUUAUGCUGCAUAUACUAUAGAGCGCUUAGAGACUUCUGACAAAGUAAGUAUUAAGCACUAUAUAAGCAAGUAUAAUUAAUCGCUAAACUUUGUGUUACCUGACCCUAGUGUAGUCUCUGAUUCGUGACGUCAUUUCACUUCGGGUCGCUUUCUUUGAGCCCCCCCCCCCUCCUUUGGAGACUAUUGGAGCGCCAUCCUUUCUUUCUUUUGGUAUAAGCCCAUUCGUAGUUUCAUGCUGCGCAUGAUCAGAAGAAGGUCAUUGGUACUAAAGUAAGUUAAACACCCAGACCAGACCCAAAAAUGAAACUGACAUUUGUUGUUGUUAUAUAUCACUUUAUUUGCAAAUCUGCACAUUAAAGGAAUACAAUGUACGCCCAGGACAUUUCUCUAUAAUGAGAAAAUGCAGGGCAAUAAAAUUCACUAUACAGAAAAAAAAAAA